AUGUCUAAAUAAUGGUAGAUGCAUCAGAGUGUGCAAGAGAGUUUGUGUUCUUCUCUAAAUAAAGAUGAAAUUCUAGAGGAAUUUAUAAAUAUUUGCAAUUAUAUAUCCCAGGAGGAUCAAAAAAGCAUAAAGAGUUUGAAUUCAAAAAUACAAACAAUUAAGAAACAUUAUGCUUAAUAGAAAUGCCGAAUUGAACAUCAAUUUAAAUACAUCUAAACUUUAUUAGAACAAAAAAAGAAAGAGUUAAUGUCUCUAUUAAAUACUCAUGAAUAGGAAAUAGAUAAAACAUUCAAAAAUUUACUUGAAUAAGUAACUCAAAUCCAAUCUGUUAUCAAUAACAUCUAAAAUGACAUCCUCAGUAAUAGAUAAGAAAUUGUAUCAGAAGUGGAUGAUGAUACCUUUCACAAUAUUCUCUCAUAAUUCGAUUAGGAAAUCCAGAUGACACAAAAAUACAAAAGGGAUUUAUUGUCUCAAAAAAUUACACUCAUCAUUAUUGAAGAAUGGACUUCACAUCAUCAAGAUGUGAUCAAAAAUCUACUCAAUCAAUGCAUAACAAUAAAAGAUUAUCAAAAACAAAUUGAAACAUAACACUCAGAAUUAAGUGCCUCGACCAGUAGUGACAAGUUCUAUUCUUCCAACAGGUCCAGUUAAGAAUUAUGUAUGAAACAAUAAACGCCCUUGAUUGUAAGUUUUGACUAAAAAUAUUUUCUGUCUUAAAAAUAAACUGAGGUAUCAAAAUCUGAUUCUGACAUGCAUGAUAGUUGCGAGUCUGAUUUCCUAAAAGAAAUGACGUAAUCUUGA